AGCUUUUCGUGAUGAUAAAGUGUUAACUCAAGGUUUCGGCCAUGUAAAUUGAGGCGCAGUCUUUGGAUCUUCUUUCUCUUUUUCUUUCCUUCCAUCUCACGAAAGGACAAAACCAGUGUACCGAUCGCAGUCGCCAAAGAUUGAAUCAAUGCGCGAGAUGCGCUUGACCGAUUGCAAUCGCACACGGUGCACCUUUGGCCUUGGAUACAAGAGCCUGCCGACUCAAACUGAAGAAAAAGACGCCAUCCAGUAGUGUAUUUCACGCAAACACCUUCAUCGAUGUCGACGUCAACGCCGAUAAUGUCGGGGCACCACUACGACAACGUGACGACGAUCAACUGCGUCUACUCGAUCUCGGGCAAUUACGGGGUGCUUCCACGGUUUCUCUACUACGUGACCCUCGUCGCCGCCAUCUUCGGACGGAGUCGAGAAUGGCUCAUCAUCGGCGCGUUGGUCAGCGCACUGACGUACGCGGGCACGGCGGCGAUCCACAUGAUGACCCUGGUGCGGAGUCGCACCGGCGUGUUCGACCUGGACAUCCUCGCCGUGUGGGCCGUCCUGUCCACGGGCGCGUUGGGCUACAUCGGGAUGAUGCACUGGAGCAGUACGCUGAGGAGCAGCCGGGCGAGGGUGGUGAUGCUCCUGUGGGGUGCGUUGGUCGGGGUGGGGUUGAUUUUCGGGAGGGCGCUGUUGUUUGACACCCCCGUCGACGCGGGCGAGAGGGCGUGCUGGUCCAACGGCAAUGGCACCGGGACCGGGAGGCUGUUGUUGACCCAGAUCCUCCAACUGCAAGGGUCCGACUUCGAUUGCACCUACAAAUGCUUCGGGAUCACGAAACCCCUGAGACAGACGAGCGAGAUCGUGGCCGUGCCGAGUCAGGUCCUGCACGGAAAGUACACCUCGCUGAGCUACAUCCUGGUCGGACCCAUACAGUUCGCGGCAUACGCGGCCUUGAGCGUAGACAGUGCGUCGGAACAUACGCCCAGUGUUCUGUGCACGAGGCUGGUCAUGAAGUAUCUGCUGCGCGACGUCCCCGGGAAGCAGGCGGGGGAGUUGACGAAGGUCGUGUACAAGGCCAGCAUGGAGUCGUGGUACGGCGGUUAUUUUGUCUUUCUGGGCUACAUUCGGCGCAUACGAUGGUGUUGGGUCAAGUUCCGCUGGGCGAGCAUGUUGUUGCCUUGGUUGGUGUUGAGUUUUGCCAUUGACGUGCUGUGUUUGCCGUUGAUGGUGGCGAAUAUCGUCUUGAACGAGUUGGCCCUCUUGAGUGGUGGAUAUCCCGUCAAUGAGGCGAACAUGGCCAUUGGACAGUGGGGGCCGGUGGUGAGUUCGUUGCUUGUCGUGUUUGCUGCCUGUGUCAACAAGGGCCUGGAGUGGUGGGAGGAAAGGAAGGCGAGGAGAAAGGAGUCAAAAGAGAGUGGGCGUGAUGAAGGAGAGGUGGCAAUGGAGGAAGUCAGCGUGGUUGCCGGGAAGGGUGCAGAUCGAGAUGGAGAUGAAGAUGGCCAGGUCUGGGGGGUCGUUAAGCCGAAGAUGGUGCAUGUUCAGACGUUGGAGGAUAUGGAGGAUUUGAGGAGGCCGAAGUAGAGGAAGGUAGAGGAGAGAAAUGAGUAGUUUGAUUCAUUCUGUGUAUAUCAUACGAGAUUUUCACAUGCC